AGAUGCUAUUAUUUCUUUAAUAGACGAAAACACUUUAUUGGCUCAAUCAAAAAAGUUUCCAAUAUUCUUAUUAUUACUUUUUAUUUUAAGAAACGAUCUUUCAUCCUCGAUUCAUCUUCAUAUUUUACAUCAUUCUUUACCUUCAUUGGUUUCUCCCAAAGAUCCAAUUAUAACCACGAAAGUUUUGAAAUUUACAAUGAGCCUUACUCAAGAUAAAAGCACAACAAGAUUAGAAGCUAUAAGGAUCAGAGUUUUAUAUAAACUUUGGUUAAGGCAAAGAAGGUGUUGGAAGUCAUUGAGAUUUAUUUUGAGUGAUUGGGUUAGAAAUAGAAAGCUUCAAGUUGGUGAAAAUACGAAAAGUGUAUCAUUUGAAGUUGAAGUAGCAGCUUUAACUACGAUGAGAGAUAUUUUCAAGACUAAAAUGAGGGAAUAUACAGAAGAAUUAGUUCCCUUCAUAUCAAAUCUACUUCAAUCUGUAGUUUUACAUCCGAAUAGUUUAUGUUUGAUAAUUGAAUCUUUGAAUUUAUUUACCGAAACUGAAAUUAUAGAUCCUCGAGCAAUAUGGAGUGUUUUGAUGUCGUAUAUUGCUGAUUCAGUGAUGAAAAGCAAUAAUUUAGAUGUGCAAUUAAUUGCCAGGUUAUGCCGUUUUUAUCAACUUGUGGCACAAAUGGGAGAUGAUAGUGAUUUAUAUAAUGAAGCUAAACAUGACAUAUUAUCAAAAUAUUUAUAUCGUUUCCAAAUUCAGUCUAAUGCACAAAUCUUGAAACAUGGAUUAAGAGCAAUAGCUCAAUUUCAAGCAAAAGAAAUUUUAUCCGAAUAUUUUCCAGGAUCAAAAAUAUUGUUGGUUCAACUCUUAAACACGAAUGCAAAUCCAGAUAUAGCCAAAAUCGAGGAAUGGAAACUUGUGUUAAGUAAGCUUAUUUCUCAUGAAAUAGAUAAUAUGAGACGUAGUUUGUUCAAAGGUGUCGAUGCAUCCGGUGGUGGUGCUGGUUCUUCUGGAUCUGAAAGUAAGGAUUUCUUAGAGUUAAAACAAAGGUUAACUUUGAUUCGUUCAAAAAUUGUUGAUGAUUGGGAGAGUGGAAUAGUAAAUCCUGGAUUAAGAGUUGGAUUUGCUCUUGCUUCGUUGUUGUGUUUUAGACCUCCUAUAAAUGAAGAAGUUAAUGAUAAACAUUUGAAGUCUACUAGAUUUUAUAAAUUACUUGCCAAUGCAAUCCAAGAUGUUACAUUAACAGAUCAUUGGAUAAUCAGAGUUGGAUGUGUUUCUAAAUGGUGUAACUUUUUUGUUAUGGGUUUACAAGAAGUUUUACCAAAAACAAAUAAGAAAGGUGAUAAUGAUGUUGAAGAAAACAUUGUUAAAUCUUUAAUAGAAGAUAUAAUGAAACGGUUAAAUGACGCAAGAUUUCCUGCUGUUUGUCAGAAUUCUAUUUUAGCAAUUACAGGUUUAUGUUUGGCAUUAAAAUCAUUUAAUAUCAUGUCAUUACAACAUCAUGCAACAAUAAUUAUUCGACAUUUAUUAGACAACUUUUUUGUUGAUGCCGCGUCAGUUUCUAAGCAGAAUCAAGAUAAAACAAAUGACGAGGUUCAAUUCAGCGUAAUGAUGGCUUUAGGCCACUUGUCUACCUUAGUUAUGACAGAUGAAAAGUUAGUUAGCGAAAUUAUUGAUAAUUUAGUUAUGAAAUUAAGUGAAGUAGACGAGAGGUGAGUUUCAUAAACAUCUUAAUGUUAUUUUCUAAAACAGAAGUCUAAAUGUUGAAUUCAUCUUUUAUAAAGUGCCAUGUCAGGAUGGACGUUAUUUGGAGCAGGAUUUUCUCUUGGAGUUCUUUUGUCUCAUCUUGCGUCGUCCCCAAUAAAGAUAUCUAAUGUUUGUUCU